AUGGAUCAUGAGCUGCAGCACUCAUUCACGAAGUUCAACGGAAAGACCCGGUGUGGUGAGAGCGGAAGCUCCGACGUGACACAGAUGGUCCGGUGCGCGUGCUGCGACGUGGCAGAGGACUGCACGGCCGCCUACAUCCUUUGCGUCCGCGCGGCGCACUGCGGGAGCUGGGUGUGCGGCCUCUGUGCGGAGGCCGUAGGCGAGCGGCUGCGCCACGACCCGGGCGCCGGCAUGGAGGCGGCGCUGCGGUGGCACAUGGCAGUGUGCAGGGACUUCAACGCAACCACCAGGAUGAACCCGAAGCUCUCCCUCGCCGGCUCCAUGAGGGACAUCGCCAGAAGGAGCUUCAACCGGCGGGCGUCGUCCACGGCGACGUGCCACGACGAGCUCCGCGCUGCUAAGACAAUGGCGAGAUCCAUGAGCUGCCAGCCUCGCUUCCUUGCGUGA